GUAGUAACGCCAGUGUAGUCGUCUCCAUUUUCGCCCCUUCCUCACGCAAGUUUCCUGCUCCGCCAGCUCCGCGCGCACGUCCUGGCGUCACGGGCGAGGGGACGUGGUCGCGUUCUUCCAAAAACGAGGGAAAGAGGAGAGAGAGAGAGAGAGAGGAAAAAAAAUCGGGCGAAACAUUUUGUCAAAAAGAAAGAGUGAAGGAGGAAGCGUCAAUCGUGGCGGUGGCGUCGACACGAGAUACGAAACGGCGACAACAACGGCGUGCGUGGAUGCCCCGUCGGGAUUUCCACCUUGCGGUAGCACCACCAGAGCACCCAGCGUGCAUGUAUAAGGACGCGCUUGCCGACGAGGUAAACAAGAAUGGACGUGGAAGAGGGUGAGGCGAAAAUGUGCAGGCUAUGCGGCCAGUACGAGAAGAUCUACAUCGACGUGUUUGGGGAGGAGGGUGUCAGACGCUACCUCGGCACGAAGAUACACGAGAAGAUCAACAUCCUGAUAGAUGAGAAGGAUCCUCUGCCCAAGGCGAUCUGUGUUCAGUGUCUGGGCAAGCUCGAAUUCGUUUGCGACUUCCAAGAAGAGUGUCGGCGCACCCAACAGGUGUUACGCGAUCAGUACAAUCUACCACCGUUAACAGAGUCCACAGAGGUAAAGAUUGAAGAAUCAACAUCGCCGGUGGGCACGUCGUCGUCGGAUAAUAACAACAGUAUUGAAAAGAAUCUUAAUUCCACCGGAAGCAGUCAGGCUGAGGAGAACCAUGUUGAAGUAGUCAAGGAUUUGGAACAGCCGAAAAAGAGAAAUACGUCUCCGAAGAUUUUGAGAAGCCUUCGCAGUCAGCAACAGCAGCAACAGGUUUCUAAGUGCAACGAUAAAUCCGCAGAAAAAAAUGCGCAGACUCAGAGUACAGAAACAUCGCUGACUCGUUGGCUCAGAAGCAGGCAAAGCGCGGAUUCGUCUGUAGUGGACCUCGAGGAGAUUCCGAUCGCAAGUCGAUUAAGGAGUCACAACAAUAACGUCGAAAAUAACAUCGGUACACGUUCUGCGAACAACAACAAUAUUAGCAACAACGAGAGUACGGACAAACAGAGCAACAGUCCGAAGCAACAGCACCUGGAUUCAUCAGCGACGAUUCAGUUCCCAACCUCAGCUUUGAAUAAAUUAUUGACGAUUGUUUCUAGCUCUCCCGAUAUCGAGGUCUCGGUAAAGGAGACGAGAAAUCGGAAUAAUGACGCCGAGGAUAUUAGCUUCACCGUCGAGCUGUGCAAGAAGCAAAACGAUGAGGUGUCGUCGGCGCGAGCGCGGGUCUUGCCCGAUCAGGACUAUUGUCUAGUCGACACGGCGAUCGUGGAUCUGCUGCAGAGCGAAAACAGCGCGGAGGUGAACGGCAUUGUCAACACCAUCCUUAGCAGUACGUCGCCGAAGAACAGCAGCGCGGCGGCAAAGUUGAAAAAUUUAGCGGAGUUGGAGCAACGGUUAGAAGCCACGCAGAACCCAGAGGACCUCUUUAAGAUCGACGGCGAGGAGAUUAAGGUGGACGAUAACGUGGAGCACGUUGUAAAUGAAACGCAAAACGGUUACGCGUGUAAGCUCUGCCGAAAGUUCUACGAGCGCCGAGACAAAUGUACGGUUCACGUGAAAACGCAUCUCGGUAUCAAGCAGUAUACGUGCGUUGUCUGCAACGCCAAGUUUGUUUGCAAGUCUGACGUGAUGAAGCACAUCCGAUGCUCGCAUACCAAUCCUAGGCCCAUACAAUGUCCCAAGUGUCCUAAACGAUUUAAAUCUAAAUUCUACCUGGCCGAACAUGACAAUGUUCACAAAGGUGUGCGGCCGUACAGUUGCGCGGACUGUGGGCAGAGUUAUCACCACAAGGUUUCGUUGCAGAUCCACAUGAAGUCGCAUCUGCCGCCGCAAAAUCUGGCCUGCGAAUAUUGCGGCAAAGUCUUCCCAUUUCGCACGAGAUUGCUCGGCCAUAUCGCGAGUGUUCAUAUGAAAAAACGGCGCAAUUUCCGCUGUCGCUUUUGUUAUAAUCUUUACUCGAGUCUGUCGGUGCUGAACGAGCAUAUCAAAACUCGCCACGCGACCACGUACACGUGCGAGACAUGUGGCAAGACCUUCAAAGUCGCUUCCAAAUACAAGGCGCACGUGCUGCAGCACUCCAAUCCCAAGCCGUUUGUGUGCAACGUUUGCAACAACCGUUAUGCGUCUAAAGCGUUUCUAAACGAGCACCUGUUGAAGCACGAGGGUUUGCGUAAACACGUGUGCCAAGAGUGCGGCGCGAGUUUCGCACAGGCGAGUCAUUUGGCCGCUCAUCGUCAUGUACAUGGGGAAAAGACGCACGCGUGCCCGGAAUGCGGUAAAAAGUUCAAUCGUCGCGACAACAUGAAGGUGCAUCGGAAACGGCAUUUCGACGAGAAGAAGCCUAGCGCGACUGGCAAACAGAAGGUUACAUCCAACAAUAACAACCUGACUGCCUUUACCACGUCCGUUAACGAGAAAUAAUGACGGAGUGGCGCUCACAACAACAACAACAAGAUAAUCACUGGAGAGGAGAAAAGACUAUAGAGAUCUGUACAAAUCUCGUAAUAGGCUGAAUCAGAAUUUACGAGGAAUUGAAGAAAGAAGGGAAGAAUCCGAGAUUGAAUACUUGACAAAAGUAUUUCGGUAGAAGAUUGCUCAAAGAUGACAGCCUUUGCGUAUACACAAUUGGUGCUUCGAUGAAUUCCCAAACGUCAUUCCUUUUAUCUUUAGCAAUACAACCAAACUCCCCCCUCCUCUCUUCACCUAUUCUUAACUCGUCGGGACCAAUCUCUCUAUGCUUAACCCUGUUCCUCGAGCCCGUUCUUAUUUUAAUAGUAUAUACAUGGAAUGAAAAUGAAGGGUACAGGGGAAAAACGAUAAAAGUUUACUUUUUGUUAAAAUUGAUCUGAUUAUUUUAUCUUGUAGCAUCAGUUUCAAAGAACUUUCAUAAUUCUUAUCUAUUUUGAUAAAGAACAGUUUCAAAUAAAGCCGAAAGAUGUACCAUGUUGGGGUACAAAAAAAUGAUCAUAAUCAACACGCUUGUAGUGAAGAAUCUGUUAGAGUUCAUCAUAAUUCCAAUAUAAACAUUAAGUAAAUACUGCGUUCCGAUAUUCACUAAAUUUUGUACUAAUUUUUUCAAUAGUUAAGAUAUUCGAGAUGUAUUAGGACUUGAAACGUUUUUCUCGAAAUUACUCCGGAUGGACAUUGAUCGUUUUUUCCUUGUAUCCUUCAAAUGUUGAUCGCGACAAGUAAGGUAAAUGUACCAAUGCCUGAUUACGUACCUAUGUCUGGACAUUUUUAUUAUUUUAGUCCUUAAAUAAGUU